AUAUGAUAUUUUGAUGUUUUGCCAAAAGUUUUGCAACUUUUUUAUAGUGAAGUGAAAAUACAGUAAACAAAACGAUUGUCAAAUUGAAUGUCCACUCAAUUUGUUAAUUAAUGUCUUGUAUUAAGUGGUGAUUUGGAAGUGUUGGAAGCGCUGACCAAUGGUGAAGACAUACGUGAAGGUGUCUUACAUUGGUUUUGUGUUGAGUGUGAUAGGAGUGGGCAUUGGAUCCACUUUUGUGCCACAACUGAAGAGAGAGAAACGAGAUUUUACUAUUAAGACUUCAGACAAACAAUAUAUAGAAAGUCUGCCGAAAGACAACUAUCGGAAAGCAAUCGAUGCGAUCGCAAAGUCAGACAAACCAUUCUUCGGCGUUCAGGUGUCCAGUAGUGGACAGAAGUAUAAGAGAGGCAAAGAUCAGGACGAUAUCGCCAUACUUUGCAGACAAAACGGCAUCGGCUGUAGU